AUUUCAGCGAGGCUAUGCGCACGCUGGGCUUUCCGAAGCAGAUCUCCCUAGAGAGUUUCCGGGUGCCCAAUUGGGAGCUGGUAGAGGAGUGUCUCCGCUGGCUGGCGGCGCGCGUGGAGCCCGACGCUUCGCUGCCCGGCGGGCGGCAGUCCACAGAGCAGCGCGUCGCCAUGGUGACACACGCUGUGGCCCUGUUCCAUUCCCGCGCCAACCUGAAGUUGAACGGCAAGAAGUUGUACGGCGCCGACGGGUGGGCGGUGCGCGAGUUGCUCAAGGUGGCCACCCUGCUGCGCGCGGCGCUGGAGUCACCGCCGCCUGACGACCAGCAGGGGGAGUCUGGACCGCUCAACUAUGACGUCACUACCAGGUUGGGGGAGAUUAAACAAGCUCGAGCAUUGGCGACAGACAUCACCGCGCAGGGUGCUUUCCUGUACGACUUGCUGGCUAAAGAGAUUGAAAACAAGGAGGUCCGCGAGCAAGCCCUGUCCCGUCCGCUAGACAUGUCCGCCAUGGAAGCGGCGCUGAGACGCGCGCUAGACGCAGUGGUGGGGCAGGUGGGGGCGGCGCGGGACCAGAUCGACAAUGUGGCCGCCAGCGAGGCCGCGCUCGACGCCAAGCUGGAGCGCCGACGAGCCGAACUCGCCAGGGCUGAGAAGAGGCUGCACACCGUGCAGAAGAUCAAGCCAGCGUAUCAAGGUGAGCUGACGGCACUGGAGGCGGAGAUCUCGCAACUAUGGGAGCAGUACGUGCUGCGCUAUCGCUGCGUGGAGGCGCUCAAGCAUCAGCUCAGCGUGCUGGAGAGUGCGCAGGCAGAGGCAGCUGAAGAGCAACAGGCUGCGAUAAUGCAGCUCAUUCAUAAGUACGAAGCUGAAGAUGUGCUGGGCAAGCUCAGCGACUCAGACGAUACCGGGUCUAGUGAUGAAGAUAAAGAUUUGAGCGAACCGAAGCAACCGCGUCCUGCGACCAGGCCCAAGACUAGGCUACGGAUUAAGACUGCCGGUGUGGCAGCUGUAGAGGCAAGACGUGCGUUCGGCAGCAUGGGGGCGGGGGCGGGGGUGAGUGUGGGGGCGCGAGAUUCCCUCGACGACAUCCGAGACGAUGAUGACGACCAAUCCGAUUCCGACUUCUCCGAUCGGCAGGCGUAUGGUGUUGAGACCCAUUCCCGUUGGUCUCGCGCGCGGCCUCGUCCCGCCACGCGCACGCUGGCCGCCGCCGACGACGACGACUUCGCCGACCUCAUCGAAGGGGUGGAGGCGGAGGAAGCAGGCGGGUCGCUGGGCAGCUCGUCGGAGAGUGAGCUGCGCCUCACCAGCGCCGCGCCCGGCAGAACUUCCGCGCUCAGCGACAACGAGUUCUAGAUAAC